CCCACCGGCCUCUCUUCUCUCCUCCCUCCCGCCUCUCUUCCUUCACUUCAACACAUCCAAAUUCCUACCUUGUAAGUCUCCUCCUCCUCUCCUUCCGCUGCUCGGUUUCCUUCUGACACGGAAAGCAGAUAUCUUUCUUCAGGCCCCAUAAGAAAGCUGCCACCUUUCCAAUUACCCCACCCUCGUCUUCUUCCCUCGUCAUUCUCGGGUUCCUCUCCGCUUUUGGUGGGUUGUGCUUCCUCCCUCAGCUUCUUGAAUUCAUGUUUUAUGAUGAUGAAAGGUUCUUCGAAUGCGUUCUAGUUUGAUAAGGGAGAAGGCUUUCUCGUACUCUCUGCAGCAAUCUGUUGAUUUCUACUCUUUUUUCCUUGAACGCCUCCAUGAUUGUUCUGCUCUGUUUCCCUUUCUCGAGAUCCACAAGGAUGGGAGACCACCUUGCGUUGCUGGUGGACCACCUGCUUACCGAAUCAACGCUGGAAGCAGCCAUUGGAAGCAGGAAGCAAGGCCAGAUCGCCACCGACUCGGCAUCCUCGGAGGACCCAGGCAAAGAAUUCACUCGAAAGAGAAGCGUCAGAGACAGGGUCUCUCCGGGAAAAUUGGUGGAGUGCCGAAUCUGUCAAGAGGAAGAUGAAGAUUGCAACCUGGAGAUCCCUUGUUCAUGCUGUGGCAGCUUAAAGUAUGCUCAUAGGAAAUGUGUUCAAAGAUGGUGUAACGAGAAGGGUGACACAGUGUGUGAGAUUUGCCUGAAGGAAUUCAAGCCAGAUUACACUGCCCCUCCUCCUAAGCUGUUUCACUAUGGGAGUAUUCCUAUGAACUUUAGAGGAAACUGGGAGAUCACCAGAGAAGACCUCGAUGACUCUCGGAUCAUAACAUUGUUUCCGUCAGAACGCGAUACGAUGCGUUCCGGCUAUGAUGAUUUAUCAGCAUUGAGCACAAGAAGCACCGUUUGCUGUCAAACGGUUGCCAUAACAUUCAUGUUGCUUUUGCUCCUUCGCCAUAUGCUUCCUCUCGUGAUAAGUGGAACCGAGCAGCACCCGUUCGCUCCCAUCUCAAUACUGCUGUUGAGGACUGCUGGAAUUUCACUGCCUGUCUUUCUGAUGAUCAGAACAAUAAGGACAUUUCGACAUCAGCAGUUCCUACUUGAGAUGUUGCAGAGAAGAUGAACAGCUCUCGGUAGCAUCGCAUUGUUAGAAAGGAUAAGAGAAACAAAUCCCACCGUCCUUGUGUCGAUGCAAGAAAAGAGGUCAGACGAGAGAAGGUGAGGAGGAAAACUGGAGAUGCUUCAAGCAUGAUCACAUCAUGACAUUUGGCAUGACUGUGCACUAGUAGUUUUGCUGCCGCUUUGUACAGUCACUAGUUUUUAUUAUUCUGUAUUCUUCGGUUGACGCAAUGAAUUGAUGUUGGAUUAA